UAAUAUAAUGAUGCGUAUGUCUAAAUAUACUUCAAUAUCGUAGCCUAAUGAAAAACAAAACGCUCCAUUCUCGUAGGCUUCUGUUUACUCACAAAGUUAUUUUAAACAGUGUGCCUCUCUCUCUUGAAUCAUUAAAAACAGUGUGAGUAAUUUUGGACUGUAUUCAAAAUAUUUCGAAAGUUUAUGUUUCUAGAAUAUUUAUAUUUUGUAUAUAAUUCAGGUAUUCGCGAUUUUAGUUUCAGUUGCAACGGUACUUCACAUCUGUGAUAUUAAGAAUAAAAAUAAAAUAUAAACAUGUCUGUGCCAUUAACUUUCCGCGACUGGUGGUUAGAUGAAGACAUAUUCUCCCGUCCUACCCAUCGUUUGUUGGACCAACAUUUCGGUCAUGGGUUAAGAAGAGACGAUCUCUUGAACUCCAUAGAGAGUAUGAGAGGCUCAUCUUACCUCAGACCUUACAAUAGACCAUGGAGAACGUCUACUGCCCUGCAAAGGAACGAUUCUGGAUCGACCAUCCAACAAGAUAAAGAAAAGUUCCAGGUAAUUUUGGAUGUUCAACAAUUCACUCCAGAGGAAAUUGUUGUGAAGACAAGCGGAAACAGCAUUACAGUCGAGGGAAAACAUGAGGAGAAACAAGACGAGCAUGGAUUUAUUUCUCGUCAUUUUGUGAGGAGGUACAUUCUACCUGCUGACCACGACAUCAACCAAAUUACUUCAUCGUUGUCCUCCGAUGGUAUUUUAACUGUUAACGCGCCAAAGAAGAGUUUGACACCACCAAACACGGAAAGAGUCGUUCCAAUUUCUCAAACUGGACCUGCAAAAUCCACCGUAACCGAAAACCAACCAAAAAUUGAGCACCCAAACUAAUUUGUACAUAUUAA